GCAACACUUGUUGUAGACAGUAUAAAAACGUAAUUUGUAGAAGUGAAGAACAAUUCGCAUCCAGGACGACGGAGUAUCCUUCCGGAGUGUGAUGCAUUAAUGCUAAAGUCGAUAAGCGGAGGCGUUGGCGUGGCAUCCACGGAAAGAGGCGGUGGGGGAGGAGCUGACCGGGAUCGAGACAGGGACAGAGGAUUAGCCAAUAACAGUGGCGGGAGCACUCCCGCCGGUAUUCUUUAUUGCCCCGCCUGUGUGGCAGCUGCCAAUCAGCAUAAUCCUAGCCAGAAUUCGAGUCCCCAGCACGAGGGCUUCUUCUCGCGCAGCUCCUCCAAGUCAAGCAAAAGGAACAAGGCCAGAAAGAGCGCCUCCACCGCCGGCUGUUUAGACGCCCAGCACAUUCGGACCAAUCUCCGGAUGUCCAUGUCCAGUUCUAUGAGGAGUACCAGGGGCCACGGAGCAGGCUCCUCGACUUCGCAUCCUCCAGGCAGCAGCUGUAGCAACGGAUCCGGAGGAUUCGGAUGCGGACUGGCCUAUGACGUGGCUAGCAAUGCCAGCAGUGGAAGUGGCAGUGGGAGUGGAAAGGUCGCCUCCCCGGGGAGUUACAGCUGCAAUGCCCUCAAUGUGGACUUUACAUCCUACACGGCCACUCAUCAGUGGACCCGUAUGCUCGAGUGCGCCGAGUUUGUGGGAGCCAAACGGAGCAAGCACACAGUAGUGGCGUACAAGGAUGCGAUGUUCGUGUUCGGCGGUGACAAUGGCAAGAAUAUGCUAAACGAUCUGAUCCGCUUCGGCGUAAAGGACAAGUCGUGGGGUCGUGCAUGUGCCACAGGAACUCCACCUGCUCCGAGAUACCAUCACUCGGCGGUGGUGGCUUGCAGCUCAAUGUUCAUCUUUGGGGGCUACACCGGCGACAUUCAUUCCAACUCGAACUUGACCAACAAGAACGAUCUGUUCGAGUACAAGUUCCAGAGUGCCAUGUGGGUGGAGUGGAAGUUCUCCGGACGACAGCCGGUUCCUCGAUCUGCGCACGGAGCAGCCGUGUAUGACAACAAGAUGUGGAUCUAUGCGGGCUACGAUGGCAAUGCGCGGCUUAACGACAUGUGGACGCUGAACCUUACUGGAGAAAAUCACCAGUGGGAGGAAGUUGACCAGCUGGGCGAUCGCCCGCCUACGUGUUGCAAUUUCCCCGUGGCUGUGGCCAGAGACGCAAUGUACGUUUUUUCGGGACAAAGUGGCUUGCAGAUUACCAACUCGCUAUUUGAAUUCCACUUUAAGACGCGAACUUGGCGCCGCAUUUCAAAUGAACCCGUCUUACGAGGCGCUACCUCAGCUCCCCCCUCGCGAAGAUAUGGGCACACGAUGGUGCAUCAUGAUCGCUUCUUGUACGUCUUCGGGGGAUCGGCGGAUUCGACGCUGCCCAACGAUCUGCACUGCUACGACUUGGACUCGCAGGUGUGGUCCGUCAUCCUGCCGGAACAAAACUCGGAUGUGCCCUCGGGAAGAGUGUUCCAUGCCUCGGCCGUCAUCUGCGAUGCCAUGUAUAUUUUCGGCGGAACUGUGGACAAUAGUGUAAGGAGAGGAGACACGUAUCGUUUCCAGUUUUCCUCGUAUCCGAAGUGCACGCUGCGUGAUGACUUCGGUAAGUUCUUUCUAGACAAACAGUUCUGCGACAUUCAAUUUAUCGUUGGAGCGGAGGAGAUUCGCAUACUGGCCCACAUCGCCUUUGUGGCAGCGCGUUCGAAGUACUUGAGAAACAAAAUAUUAGCUGCCCGGGAAGCCCGCCAGCAGCAGAUGGAGAAAGUCUAUGGGGUGGGCCAGGUGGAUGCACUGGCUCUGAACACGGGCGUGGGCGGGGACCGCGGACCCAUGUUGGAGGUGCGACUGGCCCACGCUUCCCCCGAGGCCUUUGACAUCAUACUGAACUACAUUUACACCGAUCGAAUAGAUUUGAAAGAUACGUAUAGCAAGAACAUCAUCAUUCUGAUCACGGAUAUUUACCAACUGGCCGGAUUAUUCACGAUGCCGCGGCUGGCCCACGGCUGUAUCCAGUAUUUGGACUACAAGAUCAACAAGAUUAACGUUUUGGAGGCACUCUAUAAUGCAGACAAAAGCAACAUUAAGAUCAUUAAAGAUCACUGCAUGCAGUUCAUCAUCAAGGAUGAGAACUACCCUGAGGUGGUCAUGUCCAGCGAGUUCAGCGAUUUGGACAAGUCCCUGCUGGUGGAGAUCAUCCGCAAACGUCUGCAUCCCAGCAAGGUUGUAAUAGACACUAGCUAUGAAGCCAAUAUAGGAACCACUUUGGAGAUUGACCUGUGCGCAUUUUUGGAGUCAACUGGCAACGAUUUUUGCGAUAUAAGCCUCGUCCUGGAGGAUCAUGUGAUACCAGCCCACAAGUCGGUGUUGUCAUCACGUUGUACUUACUUUCAGGGCAUGUUCCGAUCUUUUAUGCCACCGGAUAACACGGUCAACAUCCAAAUUGGAGAAAUUUCACCAUCGCUUGAGGCGUUUCACUCCCUGCUGCGCUACAUUUACUACGGCGAAACGAAAAUGCCGCCUCAGGAUGCACUUUAUCUCUUCCAGGCACCCUGUUUUUACGGAUUGGCUAACAAUCGGCUCCACGCGUUCUGCAAAUACUCCCUGGAGCACAACAUUACCUUCGAAAAUGUGCUACAGACGCUGGAGGCUUCGGACAUCACAAAGAUCUAUGACAUUAAGGAGUACGCUCUCAAGCUGAUUGUCAAAGAUUUUGCCAAGGUUGCAAGGCUGCCGAAGAUUGCCGGUUUGUCGCGCGAACUGUUGCUGGAGAUCAUACGCGCUGUGGCCGAUUCGCACGGCGAGUUUCUUACGCGGAUCAAUAUCAAUACAGAUAUCUGAAAACUGGUGUUGCUCCAGCCGGCAUUGCAGUUGUUGCUCGCCUGGUUGCAAAUCGGACGUAGCACGUAAUGCGGCAGUAGCGGUUGGCAGCGCCGAACGAAAUCCAUUUAUUAUUAACCGAUCCAUCCCCAUCAAUCCUCCUCUACAUUUGGUCAGUGAUCCUUGCAGAUUCCGAUUGUACAAAACGGUGUCUUAGAGAGACUGCACCAGGAUGAGUGAGAGGGAGCGAUAGCUACAUAACGAGAUUUAUUCCUGUUCUUUAGUUGGUGGUAGACGGAUUUCAGCAGCAUCGCUUUGUCCGAAUUGCUUCAGACGGAGCACCGCUAAUUCUGUAGGUGCAGCUUAUGGAACGCCUACAACCAGCUGUAUAUAUAUAUAUAUACUAACCGAAAAUGCACCUUCAAUCAAAUCGAACAAAAACGCUUUGGAAAAAAGCCCAACCAAUCGCAAAUAAUACUUUUAUGAAGGGUGAAACAAAUAGUUGAUUUUCUCUGUUCCGAAACUUCAUCUGAGUUUUGCUAAAACAUUUGUUUCACAACAUAACUUGAUUUUGGUUAAGACAUUUAGUUCGAGCCCGAGAGAUGCAAACUCUUGCCGCCUGUCAAAGCUGGCCAAAGGAACUUUACAAAAAAAGGAAUAUGGUGCCUCUGCUUUAACAAGAUGAUUCUCAAUACAAUUACUUUUUCAGAAAACAAACAAAAGUCCUUAAGUUGAAUAUGUGCUUUAAUUUUUAAAUUAUUUCUAAGUAGAAAAAACAGAUAUUUUUUUUCUCUAAAGUCCUUUUUAAUGUUAAUAUGAACCAAAAUAGGUAGACCUUUUCCAUAAGGUUUAUUUUAAUGUACUAUUGAAUCAUACAAUAAUCUCUUAUCGCUAGAAUUUUAUUAUAUAUCUCCCUUAACAUAACAGUUACUUGGGACUUUUAUUUUACUAGUCAGAUAAUACAUUUUAUUAAAAAACUUUUAAAAUAAGAGUCUUUACUGGCUUUUGCAAGUCUUUUCAAAUUUAAUCAGUCCCUUUUAUUUUGUGAUUUAUUGCACAUUUUAUUUUAAUAAAUUUGCAAUAUUUAUUGUGUUUUUGUGCUUUUGAUCUGCGUUUGCUUUUCAUGCUGGGUCAUUAUUAAGAAAAAUAAGAAAAUAUUUGAGGGAUAUUGAAUAUUGAAUUUUUAAAAGUAUCGUAGAGACUUAAAAUAAUAAAAGUGUGAAACUGAUAUUUAUAUCUGACUUCUAUUUUUUGUUUUUUGAUAAGAGUUAUUUCUGAGUAAUGAACUAAAUCUGUAAAAAAUUAAUUUUUUUGCUGUGGUCCAAAAGAAAAAGUAAUAACCCAUUGAGAUUAGACAUUCUGGACGCUUAAUAUUGUUUCCUUGUAAAUAUAAAAAAAAAUAUUUUUUAUACCACUGCAGAGGGUAUUAUAAUUUUGGUCAGAAGUUUGUAAAGCUGUGAAGAAACGUUUGCGACCAUGUAAAGGAUGUAUGUACUUAAUCGUCAUCACAUAUGUAUGUGCUAUUGUCGAAGUUAGCUUUCGUUCUUAUUGUUAGCUAAAAGUAGACUUCGAAUAACAUACUUUGCAAGGUUCCUAUGGUCUCGGUGGUCCGAGGGUCUUCCCUUAUUGUAGUCCUUCCCAAGUACAACUCAGUAACUUAUAUGGAUUUAAAACCAAUCGUUUGUACACAUAUUUAUUUUCGUAUAUGAAAUAAACUAUAUGUAACCUUUGACCUUUAAUCACCUUAUCCACGUACAAAAUGAAAUAGUUUCGCGCUUAAUGAUUGUCCCGAAAGUUGUUUCGAUGUCGAAUAUAUGCACAUAUGCAUAAAUAUCCCAAUUUCCGAAAUUGUGAUAAAUAAGUUAUUGUAUUGUGACUAUUCCUAAGAAAUAUUUUAGAACUUUGGUUUUCAUUUGGAAUGUUUUCUUUGUAAUUUCAUUUUAGUUGCUGUUUGACGAGAAUUCAGAAUAAACAAUAUUAUGGUAUAUUUA